AUGUCUCCUCUCUCUGUCUUUAUUUUCUGUCUACUCUUUAUAACUAAUUCCCCUGUUUUCUCUCUGUCAACAAUUCUCUAUCACUUGCUUUCCUUUUCUCUUGCUUCUUUCUUUAAAAUGUCUCCUCUCUCUGUCUUUCUAUCUACACUUUCUAACUAUUUCUCUCAUUUUCUUUUUUCUUUCUUGUUUUUACCACUCUCCACCUUCUAUUUUUCUCUCACUACCACCCACUUUUUGUUCUUAAUCUUUUAUUAUUUUCUUUGCAUGGAUUUCUUUCUCUUGUUCUUUACCUUGUUUUUACAUCAUCUUUCUCUUCUUUUCUUUCCUGCUCUUUACCUAGUUUCCUUUUUGUCCCUUCUUUUUAUAUCAUCUUUUUUCUCUUCCCUGUUCUUAAUUUUGUUUCUCUUCACACUUUUCUUAUUUCAUCAUCUUUCUCACCUUCUCUCUACUGUUCUUGCCUUUCCUCUCUCCAUAUUUCUUCAUCUUUCUAUCCUUCCCUUCCCUGCUCUUUACCUUAUUUCCUUUCUUCUCUUCUUUUUUCAUCAUCUUUCUCACCUUUCCUUUCCUUUUUUUUUACUUGUUCCCCUCCCUCUCUUCUUAUUUCUUCAUCUUUCUUGCCUUCUCUUUAUUGUUCCUUAUCUUGUUUCUCUUCCUUUUCUUAAUCUUUCUCUUCUCUCUCCUGUUCUUUACCUUGUUUUAAUUUGCUUCUCUUCAUUUUUAUCUUUAUCUUCUUUAUUAUCCACCUUGUUUUCCUUCUCUCUAUUCAUUUUUCUUAAUCUUUCAUUCCUUCUCUUUCCUCUUCCCUCUCUUCUUCUUUAUUCCCUUCUAUCCUUUUCUUUCUUGCCUUUUACUUUUUUUGUCACUUAUCCUCUUUUUUCUAUUCUGUUUCUCUCAUAUUUUCUCCCCCUUUAUCUCCUAAUUACUUGUCCUUCUAUCUAUUCUCCACCUCAUUUUCUCUCUCUCUCUUUCUCACACUUCCUUUUCUCUGAUUUUCUUUCUCUAUCUUUUUUGUUUUCUUUAUCCUUCUAUUUUCUUUCUUUUUCACCUUCUCUGUCUUCUCUGAGUUAA